GAGUAGAUGUCUGAGGCGCAGCUGCAGGAACAGUUUUCGUUGUUUGCCAAAUUCGGGGACUCCAAGAACAAUGGCUCAACCAUUACGCUGAAGAACGCGGACAAGUGGUUCAAACAGGCGAAUGUUAUUGCAAAGAAAAUCACGACCACUGACACAGGAAUCGCAUUCAACAAAUUCAAGUCUAAGACGAUGGACUUCCCCACCUUUCUCAGGUACCUGGAGGAGUUCAAGAAUAAAAUGGACCCUGACGAGAUCAGAGAGCGACUGGUCGACUGCGGCCCUCCAGGCACUGCUGGCGCCACCCAGGCUGUCAAGACUGGAGGCGUCGACCGUUUGACGGACGCGUCACAGUACACAGGGGCACACAGGGAGCGCUUCGACGCUGAUGGACAUGGAAGAGGCCGCCAGGGACGCGAGGACAUUCGCGAAAACACUGGCUAUGUCGGCAACUACAAGGGAAAGGACACUUACGAUAAGAAGCACUGAAUAUUUUACUAAAGACGAGA